CGCUGCAGGGCGCGCGGGCAGCCGUUGGCGAGGGGCUUUCCGUAAAUGGCUUGUGACUUCCUACCUGCUAAGAGGAUUGUGUCAUUGUCAAUUUCUGUCUUGUUUUCUGACACGUCAUCGGCGUGUACUGUCCCAGCUGAACAGUCCGGUAGUUUCCGUCUACUAAAACCAAAAAACACGAGCUGAGGGGGGAAAAAGAAAACUGAAACAUGAGCACCGGAGCGGGCAUCGACUACAGCGCCUGGGAUCACAUCUAUGUGUCAGACGACGAAGACGUGACCAGCCCGUUCGUCGACACGCCGAGCUUGUUCAGAAUGAGACACCGGGUCAGCAGAGAAACUUCUGGUAGUCGUGAAGUUGGGAGUCUUAUUCCUGGCCCGGCUGGAGAAAAUGGCUGAUUUUCAGCAGAGAGGGGAAGACCUGGAGAACAACCUUGCAGAAUGCAAGAGGCUUUUAGAAGAAGCCCAGGGACGGUUGAAAGAGCUGAAAGAAGGAAGGAAUGAGGGAGAGUGGGAUGAGGAUGAGGAGAGGGAGACUCAGCUGAAGAAAAUUCAGGCAGAGGUGAGGAAACUGAAGCAGGAUGAAACGUCAUUUGAGAAAAUGGUGGAAGAACACCGGCGAGAGGAAAAGAAACUGCCUUGGAAUGCUGAUACUAUCAGCAAAGAAGGUUUCAGCAAGAGUGUGGUCAACAUCAAGCCUGUGAGAAAUGAGGAAACGCAGGAGGAAAAGGUGGAGAAGCACAAGACCUUUGUGGAGAAGCAUGCGAGGGAAAUCAGACACUUUGGUAUGCUGCGGCGAUGGGACGACAGUCAGAAGUACCUGUCAGAAAACCCACAUCUGGUUUGUGAAGAGACGGCUAAUUGCCUUAUUGUCAUCUGUAUCGACUUUGAGAUAGAUGAGAAACAUGCACUGAUGGAGCAGGUGGCCCACCAGGCCAUCGUCAUGCAGUUCAUCUUGGAUUUGGCUCGGACGCUUAAGGUCGACCCCAGAGGCUGCUUCAGACAGUUCUUUUCAAAGAUCAAGGCUGCAGACAAGCCGUACCAGGAGGUGUUCGACCGCGAGCUGGAGUUGCUGAAGGAGCGAGUCCGCAGCUGUGCACAGAUUCGUAUGGAGGGCGCUAUGAAGGAGCUAGAGGAGGAAGAGAGGCAGAAGAGACUGGGUCCAGGCGGUUUAGAUCCCGUAGAGGUCUACGAAUCUCUGCCAAAGGAAAUACAGAAGAGCUUUGAUGAGAAGAAUGUUCAGAUGCUGCAGGAGGCUAUCAGCAGACUGGACCCUGAGGAGGGAAAAUACCACCUGAGGAGGUGUAUCGACUCUGGACUGUGGGUCCCUGAAUCAGGAGGAGGUGAUGAUGAAGAGGAUGAGGAAGACGAUUGAUAACAGGAGGAAGAACCUGAACACAUGACUAAAAGCAGUGAGAUAACAUUUUCCGAUGACCUCGACUGACCCGAUACUCUUAGGCUCUUUGCCUCCAUUGUGACUCACGUCAUCAUUUUGACAUUUUAACUUGUUAGCUGACAGUGACUGUUGUCCAGCAGUGUAAGUUAUACUUUAUAAAUGCAAAACAAUAUAUGGACUGAGCCAUCAUGUGACUAAAACAAAAAAGUAGAUUAGCAGAGUUAGGACAAAAAGCACUUUUACAGUCUCUUUCAAUUUUAAGCUACUUUGGGCAACCAAGUAAACAAAUUAUCUACAUAAUGAGGCAUCUUUCAGGUCAGUUUUUAUAUUGCAGAUGCACUGAAUUUAUGUCAUUACAAUCAGCUGAUAUGAGUCAUCAGUUUACUCCUGUGUUAUUAAUCAUCUCAAAAGAAAGCUCUUUCAUAAGAGGCCAUGCAAAAGCCACCACUGCUCCUGAUAUUACUUUUGAUUUAUCAGCAUUAUGUUGAAUAUAACGGCAUCUGGCACCAGUUACUCAGUACAUAUUUUCAUGUGCAAUGACAGAUGAUGGCUGAGUUGUGGAUCAGUUUUCCUUCACUGCACGCCUCCGUGAAUAACAACUGCAGCUUUAAAAGAUCAGCUGAAAAAAAAACAGCCCUUGCAAAGGUCUGAUUUUGAAAAAUUGACUUAAUACCUCUGACUCAUCAAACGCUGAUAUACCAAAGCAAAAAAAAAUCACCCGUUAUUAUAUAAAAAAAGGUUAGUAUCCAUCACAGGCGUUUGUCGUUUAAGAUCAAACUCCUGACUGCAUCAGCCCUGCUGUGGUCAACAGCGCCCCCUUAAGUCUGUUUGGGGGCACAGCCAGUAGUAGUAGUAGUAGUAGUUUGCUCACAUACUCACUGAAAUUUAAGACCACUUAUGGAGUAAUUUGUAAUCAUUAUCAGCUGUUGAGUGGAGAAAUCCCAAACAGAAUGCUCAACAGUCUAAUGGACAGAAAGACGUGAACUUUGACAAAGUUUGUUUUUUGUUAAGACUUUCAAAGUUGUUGAUUGAACUAGAAAAUCACUUUAGUAUUUUCUGUUGCUGUUUUGGAGCCACAGCGAGGCUGCUGAACCAGCACAGCAAACAUGUCAGCUGAUAUUUGCUUAUGGUAGACAAGUCAGCAGACAAGUUUAUGUCAGCCGAUAAGAAACAAGACAGAUAUAGAAGUUAGAAAAAUGCGUGGCGUGUUUGAGAUAAUUUAGAAACUGUUUACGUAAAAAAAAACCCCCAAAACUGAUAUAUCAUUGUUAACUUCUUGUAACUUAGAAAUAUUUGUAUAGUCACCCCAAACAUCCAGGGUCGGAUGGGCUGUAGGAGAAACUGUUUUUGUUCUGUUAGGUUGGGUUGAACAACAGCGUGAUAAAGGUCGCAACUAAUGGUCGUUUUCAUCAACAAUUAAUUUGCCAGUUAUUUAGCUUAAAUGUUAAAAAGUGAUAUAAAACGAUGUAAAAGCAGCAUCAUUUCCGAGAAGCUGAGACUAGAGGAUGAAUGAUGACUGAAAGGAGUCCUCAGAUAUCAGAAUGGAUCUUACGUCGACUGACUAAUCAACUAGUCGAUUUUCAGACGAGUUUACGGAGUCUGUCCAACUGAGUCCAAGUCCAGUGACAAGGUGUUUGCGUGUAGUUUUUAUUUUGUAUGUAGUUAAAUUGUACUCUAUAAUGUGUGUUGUUGUACAAUAAAUCAAGCUUCAUUUG